GCCGUGCUCCCGGGAGUCGCCAGUUUGCGCGCAGGUGCACCCGGGGGACCGUGCGGCCAUGGACCCGUCGCGGGGUAUCGGCACCUUCGUGGUGUGGGACUACGUGGUGUUCGCUGGGAUGCUGCUCAUCUCGGCCGCCAUCGGCAUCUAUUACGCCUUCGCGGGGGACAAACAGCAGACCUCCAAGGACUUCCUGAUGGGCGGCCGCCGAAUGAGCGCCGUGCCGGUGGCGCUGUCGCUUACCGCCAGCUUCAUGUCCGCGGUCACUGUCCUGGGCACCCCCACCGAGGUCUACCGUUUUGGGGCCAUAUUCAGCCUCUUUGGCAUCACCUACCUCCUUGUGGUGGUCAUCAGCGCGGAGGUCUUCCUCCCCGUGUUCUAUAAACUGGGAAUUACCAGCACCUACGAGUAUUUAGAACUUCGAUUUAACAAAUAUGUUCGUCUCUGUGGAACAAUCGUCUACAUUAUCCAAACAGUGCUGUAUACUGGAAUUGUUAUUUAUGCCCCUGCCCUGGCGUUGAAUCAAGUCACAGGAUUUGAUCUGUGGGGCGCAGUGGUGGCUACAGGGGUAGUCUGCACAUUCUACUGCACGCUGGGUGGUCUUAAGGCAGUUGUCUGGACGGAUGUGUUUCAAGUCGGGAUCAUGCUGGCGGGAUUUGUUUCUGUGAUUAUACAAGCUUCGGUGAUUCAAGGGGGAAUCGGCACUAUUAUAAAUGAUUCCCGUAAUGGUGGAAGAUUAAACUUCUGGAAUUUUAAUCCUAAUCCUUUGCAAAGACACACAUUCUGGACAAUUAUUUUAGGAGGGACCUUCACGUGGACCAGCCUGUAUGGUGUCAACCAAUCCCAAGUGCAGAGAUAUAUUUCCUGUAAAAGCAGAUUCCAGGCAAAACUGUCUCUCUACAUCAAUCUUGUGGGACUCUGGGUAAUCCUCGUCUGUGCAGUGCUUUGUGGGCUCGCCCUAUAUUCCAGGUACCGGGACUGCGAUCCUUGGACAAACAACCAAGUGUCUGCACCAGACCAGCUCAUGCCUUAUUUGGUCCUGGACAUUCUGCAAGAUUACCCAGGACUUCCCGGACUUUUUGUGGCCUGUGCUUACAGUGGAACAUUAAGCACAGUGUCCUCCAGUAUUAAUGCCUUAGCAGCAGUAACUGUGGAAGAUUUAGUCAAACCUAACUUCAGCUCGCUUUCAGAGAGAUCGCUCUCUUGGAUUUCUCAAGGAAUGAGUGUGCUGUUUGGAGUCCUGUGUAUUGGAAUGGCUGCUUUGGCAUCACUAAUGGGAGCUUUGUUGCAGGCAGCACUCAGCAUAAUUGGCAUGAUUGGUGGACCACUCCUGGGCUUGUUUAGUUUGGGCAUUUUGGUUCCCUUUGCCAACUCAAUUGGAGCACUUAUUGGUCUGAUGGCUGGAUUUGCUGCUUCUUUCUGGGUCGGAAUUGGAGCUCAACUCUAUCCCCCACUUCCCGAGAGAACCAUGCCACUAAGCCUUGAAACCUAUGGCUGUAACAACACACACAAUGGGUCGAAUUGGAUGACAACCACAGCAAUGCCAUUUUCUACUAGUGCUUUUCAAGCACACAACGUUGAAAGGACUCCACUGAUGGAUAACUGGUAUUCUUUAUCGUAUCUAUACUUCAGCACCCUUGGAACUCUGGUAACAUUAUUCGUGGGAAUACUUGUCAGUUUACCAACAGGAGGAAGAAAACAAAACUUAGACCGAAAAUUUCUAUUAACUAAAGAGGACACUUUAUUCAAUUUUAACAACUUUAAGAAGAAGGAGCAGGUUUUAAGCUACAAAUCUCAUCCAGUAGAAGAAGGUGGAACCGAUAAUCCUGCUUUCAACCACAUCGAAAUGAACUUCACAGACCCAAGUGGCAGGACCAGUGGGACUCACUUGUGAAGCAGCUGUGAUACUCGAUGAUCGUACACAGUGGCCUACUUUUAUAUGUUUUCUAAGACAAUUCGAUCAUAUAUAUAUAUAUAUAUUUUGUCCAUCAUGAGUGUUUUGGGGGAAACCUUUGGGGGAUAAAAUGUUGUUAAAGCAAA